AUGAGCACACAGAGAGUUGGCCUGCGGGCCCUGCGGCAAGUCGCCGCCAGGCAGCCCAACGCCCUCCUCCUCCCCCAGAACGUCCCCCGCCUCGCCCUGGCGGCAAGCGUCAUGACCUCGCAGAUCAGAGUCGCCUCGACGCAGAAGCUCACCCCGACGGACGCGCAGUCGCUCCUGGCCGCGCAGCGGCUCCGGCGGCCGGUGUCGCCGCACCUGGGCGUGUACGACUACGCGCAGACGUGGUUCGGCGCGUCGAUCUGGACGCGCGUGACGGGCCAGGUGAUGAGCGCGGGGUUGUACGCCUUCUCGCUCGCGUACCUGGCCGCGCCGCUGACCGGCUGGCACCUCGAGUCCGCCACGCUCGCCGCCGCCGCCGCCGCCCUGCCCCCCGCCCUCUUCGGCACCCUCAAGCUCCUCGCCGCCUGGCCCUUCUUCUUCCACCUCGCCAACGGCAUCCGCCACCUCGUCUGGGACUUCGCCAUCGGCUUCCAGCGCCCCACCAUCAACAAGACUAGUAACCUUGUCCUCGGCGUCAGCCUGGUCGCCUCUCUCGCCGCCGUCAUCUUUAUCUGA